CUCGGGCGACCUCGCGACACGCUUCCCUAGUGAUGCCGAGUCGAUGACCUUGUCCCGGUCCAGUUAUGGCCUGCCCUUAGGUGCAAGCGGGUCCUCCUGCCAGGAUUCGGGUGCGACUAUACCCCCGAAUUGGCCAAAAAUGGGUGCAAUAAACGACACCACCCCACCACAGCCAGCCGCGUCCGUAGUUCGAGAAGACACAUCUACAGUUGACUGUAACUCUAAUAAUGGGGCCGGCGCUCAGACGGCGGCCUGGGCGCAAGUGCGGGCUGCUGCACGCGCUCAAGACUUGGCCGAACUUCGGCGUCGUAGCGAGACACAGGUGGAUAGUAAUCAACCUGACGACUGUGUUGCGGUUACGAUGCAGGAGAGGUACCGCCGCGAGGCGGCGGCGCAGGAGAUGGCGAACCGACAGUUCGAUAAUGAUAUGAUCAGGUGGGUGCUAGGGGGAGGUAGUGGUCAU